AUUCUAGUUCCACUCUGCUUCUUCUUCUUCUUCUUUCUUCCUUAUACUAAAAGAUGUCAAGCCCAGUAGAUACCUUUAUUGAAUACGCCGAAAAGAACCAGGAGGCCUACAUUGACCGUCUCCGUAAGGCUGUAGCCAUUCCAAGUGUGAGUGGUGACCCUGCUUAUCGUAAAGAAGUCUUCCGUAUGGGCGAAUUCUUGAUUGAUGAGCUCAAGGCUCUCGGUGCUUCGGUCGAGACACGCGACCCCGGUGUCCAGGACUUCCACGGAACUCCUCUUCCCUUGCCUCCAAUUGUCUUGGCUACUAUCGGAACCGAUCCUGCCAAGAAGACUGUAUUGGUCUAUGGUCAUUAUGAUGUCCAGCCCGCUCUUAAAGAGGAUGGAUGGAACACCGAUCCUUUCGAGUUGGUUGAAGACGAGAAGCACCGUCUUAUUGGACGUGGUAGCAGUGAUGACAAGGGUCCCGUUCUUGGCUGGAUUAACGUAGUCGAGGCACACAAAGAGCUUGGCCUUGAAUUGCCCGUCAACCUCAAGUUUUGUCUUGAGGGCAUGGAGGAGUCUGGUUCAGAGGGUCUUGAUGAUAUUAUCUUUAACGAGGCCGACAAAUACUUUAAGGAUGUCGAUGUUGUGUCUAUCUCGGACAACUACUGGCUCGGUACCACUAAGCCUUGUGUUACCUACGGUCUUCGUGGUGUAUCUUACUUCCAUCUUACUGUCAAGGGACCCAAAGCUGAUUUGCACAGUGGUGUGUUUGGUGCCACUAUCCAUGAGCCUAUGACUGAUCUGUUUGCGGUCAUGAGCAAGUUGGUUACUCCAAAGGGAAAGAUCCUGAUUCCUGGAAUCUACGACAAUGUGCUGGCUGUGUCUGCCGAAGAGGAGAAGACCUAUGAUGAUCUGUCCUUCACCAUGCAGGAGCUCCAUGACGCUGUUGGAAACGAGAUCAACAUUCACGAUUCCGUCAAGGACACUCUUCAGCACCGUUGGAGAUUCCCUUCGCUGUCUCUGCAUGGUGUUGAGGGUGCAUUCUACAACCCCGGUGACAAGACCGUCAUUCCUGCCCGUGUGGUCGGCAAGUUCUCAAUCCGCACUGUGCCCGACAUGGAGCCCAAGCAGAUUACCGAAUUGGUCGAGAAGUACGUGAACGAGGAGUUUGCCAAGCUUGGGUCCAAGAACACAAUGUCCAUCUCAUGCACUCAUGCCGGCAACCACUGGGUGGCCAGUCCCAACCACUGGAACUAUGUUGCGGCUUCCAAUGCUGUCGAAAAGGUGUUUGGUGUUAAGCCCGAUCUUACCCGUGAGGGAGGUUCUAUCCCGGUCACUCUUUCUUUCCAGGAUGCCCUCAAGAAGAAUGUGUUGUUGCUUCCCAUGGGACGUGGUGAUGAUGGUGCCCACUCUACAAACGAAAAAUUGGAUCGAUCCAACUAUGUUUCUGGUAUCAAGUUGCUCGGCACCUACCUCUAUGAGGUUGCUGAGGCAAAGCCAGAGUAAAUAAUAUUGAAAGAGAAAAGAGAGGAUGUACAAGAAAGAAAGAUAUAAAAAAAUGUGUUAUAAUGAAGAGAGGGCUUUGCUUUGCUUUUCUCAACUUUCAACUACUCCUCCCUUCUUUUAUCCCUCAUUUCCUUAUUCCUCUCCUACUCCUUUACCUUCUUCUUCUUUUCAAUUCAACCUUGUUUCUUGCUUCUUGUAUACACACACAUACACACAAUAGCGCAUCUGUGUAUUGUGUGUAAAAGAAGAGGAAAUAUGGAAAGGAAAAGAGGAUAUAUAGCUUUAUUUUCAUUAUAUAUUAUUUUCACCCACAAUUGCAUAAAUAUAAAUAUUUUCUUUUUUAUAUAUAAAAAUAUAUAAAUAAAUAUUUCUAUUACUACUAUUUUAAUGUAAACAAC